AUUAUUUACUUUAUGCAAACUUCCGGUUAGAAAAAAAUGACAGGAUGGCAGCAGUUUGGCAACAAGCACUUGCAUUAGAUGCAAAAUUUAAUGCUUAUAGAACUCCUAACAACCCUCAGUUCAGAACUUUGUAUAUAAGAAGAAGAAGUCAGUUAUUAAGGGAGUGUGCCAAGUCAGGAAAAGACCCUUCAGUCAGGAAAGAUCACCUUCAUAUUAGGGCUCAGUUGCUGAAUUCUAGAUAUGGUAGUCCAGCUUUCUCAGAUGGAGGAAGUAUAAGAAGUAGGUCCAUAAGUUUAAGAAGUGGAGGAAGGAGUGGAUUAGAUAAUUUUGACAAGCUUAAUCUAAGUGACACUAAGAAACAUCGUAGGAACUUAAGCAGUGGGUCACUGAAGCAUAUCUUUGAAGGACCAAUGAAACGUGUCUUUGACAGUAUAGAAGUUGUACCCACAGAUGAAGCUGAAGCAAGCAGGGCUAUGGCUGGAGGGAAGACCGUCUCAGAGAAUUAUGCCUUUGCAGGAAUGCAUCAUAUAUUUGAUCAGCACACAGCAGCAGUUACAAAUGUAAAAUUUGGACAUGAUGAUAAAACCAGAUUGGCCUGUGCUUCAUUGGAUGGUACAUUGUCCAUAUGUCAGGUUAUACCAGAUCCUGCCACUGUUAUCUGUAUGCUGAGGGGUCACUCUGCAGGGGUCACAGAUUUUGUAUUUUCCCUGUCCAAUGAUGUAAUUCUCUCAGUAUCGUUAGAUGCUACAGCCAGAGUAUGGGAUAUAGCCGCAGGGAAGUGUAUGAGGGUGAUAGAGGACAGUAUGGCAGCAGAACUCUUGUCAUGUGUCUUCCAUCCGUUAAAUAAUAAUAUGUUUGUUACAGGGAAUAGUAAAUGUUUUGUUCAAGUUUUGAACAUAUCAACAGGCAAAGGAUAUAAGGGAGGUUCAAGUAAAGUGACUGGUAAAGUUCUAGCUCUAGCUUUUGACAGUACAGGGCAUAUAUUAUGGACAGGAGAUGACAAGGGCUCUAUUCAUUCCUUUACUAUUGAUGUAAACAGUGGUAAACUAAUAAAAGCAAGAAGAAUAACUGUUUGUGAAGGAUUGCCAGUCACAUGUAUAUCUGCUAGGUCAUGGAUCAGUCGUGAAGCUAGAGAUCCUUCUUUACUGGUUAACUGCUGUGUUAAUGCACUCUGUUUGUUCAAAAUAAUAAGUGAAGAUGGAGCUUUGCAAUUAAAGAAAAGAUUUCCAGUUAAACAGAAAAGAUCUUCUAUAAGGAGCACAUUUUGUCCCUUAAUGUCAUUCAGACAAGGGGCCUGUGUUAUAUCUGGAAGUGAAGACAUGUGUGUGUAUUUCUUUGAUGUGUGUAAGGAAAGUAAACCAUGUGUUAACAAACUAUUAGGACACUCUGCUCCCGUCCUUGAUGUGUGUUUUAACUGUGAUGAAAGCUUACUAGCAUCAUGUGAUGAACAAGGCAUGGUGAUAAUAUGGAAACGAGAGGGGAAGCAAAUAGGUUAACAGGCAAAAAAUAAACAAAUGAGUUUAUGAACCAGAGGGGAAAUGAUCUCAAUGUCUACAAAUCUGUCUAAAGGGAACAGAGAGUUGUGGUAGAUUAAAGCAAGAAGUAAAACUAAGAUUGAUGCUAGCUUUGUAGUAGCAAGCUUAUCUAAGCUUGUAGACUAUAAAUUUUCAAGAUAAAAAUGUAAUUUACAGGCUAAAAAACUAACAAAACAACUGAUCUUGUUGCCAAAUGACAAGGAAAAUUUGCCAGUUAGCAUUUUAUUCAAAAGUCAUAUAUUAAAGAAAAGUGCUAAUUUUUCAUUGUUUAUAGAAAUCUUUAAAAUUGAAUCUUACUAAAGGUAGAUAAACAUUAAACAUGUAAUGUGAAAGAUAAGUAUAAAAUGUUGAUAAAAGUUAAAAGAUCAUGUGCAAAGUGGUUUAACCCAAAAUCAUGUUCAGAAUUUAGUGUCCAAUUCUCUAAUAAAAAGUAUUUGUGAUAAGAAAACAACUAGAAUGAAAUAUUUUUAUCCACAAAAUCUAAUCAUUGGGUUUUAAAAAAAAUGUGUGUAUGCAAUGAGAUUACCAAAAUGUUGGGAAAUGCCACUAUACUUUUUCAGUUUUUAUGAUGAUAUUUUAUUAUGAUUCAUUCUCAAAGGGGAGGGAAGGGGGUAUAUAGCUUUAAUUCUGUCUGUUUCUGAUUCCCAUGAUGUUAAUUCCAUUUUUCUCAGAACUUCAAAUAAGUGUUGACUUUAUCAACAGCUUCCUGUAUUCUAAUUGGCAGAGGUAUCACUAUCGAACAUAAGUUCCCAGUACUUCUAUUAAUUAUGGUACAAACUAUUAUUACAAUAGACCACUUUCGAAUUCAUCUGUCACCAGAAAAAACUCUUCAAUUAUGUGCUCCUUUAUGACGUCAUUUACCAGAUAGAGGGGGUCGCCUGUAUCCCUGCACUAUCAACGUUCAUCAAGCAUCUUAGUGAUUGUCAUUGUGCAGGAUAAACCAAAAAUAAUAUUUGUUUUGUAAGUACUGAUAUUCAAUUAUGAGAAUUUAAUUUGCAGAAUGAUUUGUGCAAUUUAACAUUAUAAUUUUCCAACCACUCGCUCAACAUUGAAAUGGAAGUGAUGAUGCCCCUAAACGCAGAAAUGACGCUCACUAAAACCAGAGUUUUUGACAGAAAUGGAUCGAAAUUAAAGUUGUCUAAGUGCAGUUCACUUUCUUUUUUGUUUAAGAGAAAUCCUUUUAUUUGUUAUCAUUUAUUAAACUACAAUUAAUGUCUUUUUGUUAAAUGAAAUUUUAUGGGGGAUUUUUUUUAUUUUCGUACAAUAUUUGUAUAUAUGUGGGGGAUAGUGCAAUUUACAAUAUAUUGUAAAGAUUAUAUUGAUGACAUUCCAAACAUAUUGAUUAUGUUAACUUUGUUGUUUUGAAGACAAAAAAAUAAAUUGUUAUAUUCUG